CAUAAACAUACAUGGGUAGUUGUGCAUCAAAUCUUAACGCAAACAAAAGUGGAAACAAUUCCACUAUUGUUGUUAACAUAGUUCACUCAAAUGGAAAGCUACAACAAUUGAAAGAGCCUAUAAAAGCAUGGCAUGUUCUGUCUCAGAAUCCAAACCACUUCCUUUGUUCCUCAGAAACCAUGUAUGUUGGAUCAUAUUUACUUCCUGUUCCUCCAAAUCAAGAGCUUCAGUUGGAUCAUAUUUACUUUCUUCUCCCACUCUCCAAAUCCAACGUCCCACUGUCUCUCCAAGAUCUAUGUUCUCUAGCCAUCAAGGCUAACACUGCUCUUAACUCAAUGGUUAAAUCAUAUUCUGUUUCACAAACUAGAAAUUUUCAUACACAUCCUACUCUUUCAAACUUGUCUCUUGGAUAUUCCCAUUAGGCUAGUUUCACUGUGCCUCCAUGUUGCACAAGUAUAUGAGCAAAAUCAAAUUUGUAGACUAAGCUUAAUAAACAAUUGUUCCAAAUAGUUUCAUAUUUAAAAGGACUAUGUACUCAUUAAUUAAAUGUUCAUUUAUUUGUUUAUAGUUUGCUUUGAUUGCGUUGUACAGAAACUUUUAUGAAUGUUGAGUUGUAUGUACACUUGUAGUUUUGUACUACCACUUUUGUCAUGUUUGGAUAUAGGUGUUUUAAGAACAUGCAAGACAGACUAUUGUAUAGGGUCAGAUGUUUAAAUGUUCGCUAAAAAUGGAGAUCCUAUUU